AUGCUGCAGGCUACAGCUGUAGCUAACCAAGCUCAGCCGCCACUGCUCACUAGGUGGAUACUAGAUCCAGGUUCGAACUGUCAUGUCACAAACACUAGAGGAUUGAACUGGACUACUAUCAAGAAGGGAGAGCCUGCAGACUACUUCUACGCAGGAGGAGUGCUAGCCCAGAUAGAAGAAUGGGGCGAAGUAGUGCUCAGCGUAAAGACGCUAACAGGACAGAGCCAGAUGAAGCUGACGUACGUGGCUUAUAUCCCUGGCUUCUUCACAAGCGUUGUAGGACUGUCGCGUAGCAGGCCUCUAGGAGUUCACUUCGACUCUGGCCGUGACUGCCUGUAUCAGGGCGAGCAGUCAAACGUAAUAUGUCUGCUGCAGUAUCAGGAUGGGCACUGGCUAAUUGAUGACGAGAAGGAGCAGGCGCCGCCGCCAGCUCUGCUUAAGAAGCUAGCAUCAAGAGCGCUCAUAGGCCAGCUCGUAGGCUAUGACUCAACGAAUAUCUAUCAGGUAUGGAUGCCUACACUGCAGCGAGUUAUACAAACACGAGACGUGGUGUUCCUACCACCUAAGGAUAGGACUAAGGAAGCCUACCCCAGCUGUCAGAGACUGCGGGAGAUAGUGGUUACUCUUAAUAUUCCUGAGGCUAAGGACGAUGAGCAAGAGACUAAUGAGGCUCUGCGCAACGCUGAUGACGUAGAGCACAGACAGUCAGAAGCAGAACAAGCUCAGGAACAGCUCCUCGGUGAGGCUGCGGGACAGCAGCAGCUGGACAAGGAAAGCACAGCAAGGUGGCUACUGACGCUAGAGAGCACGCCUGAGCUGAACGAACAGUCAGAGAGCAGUCAGGAGAACAAGCUGCCACGAGGCUGGCAAGCUUUAGCACCUGAAGCAGAUGCUCCUGAUCGCCAAUCAAAUAACGCACCAAGGCAGGAAGAAAUCAGUAGCCAGAUUGACGCAUCAAAUGUUCUGACGUCACGAAGACAGCAAUGUACGCUAGGUGCAUACUACACAGCAUUUGCUGUAGCUGUCAACUCAUUAGAGCCUAAGGAACUGCUCGGCGAAGAGCCAAGCACACGAUUACAGAGGGACAAACUCCCACCACCUCCACAACGCUGGAGAAAGACCUAG